GACAUUCAGUUGAUGUUUGUGAGUUGAGACGGCACUGAUUUUGAAUUAGCAUAUCAUUUCUGAAGCGAAAACCGUCGUGACAAAUACAUCAUUCAGUUAAUGAAAUAAAACAUUGAGAAAGUGCAAACUGAGUUUAAGUUAUUUUUGAUUCUGAACUAUUUUUCAAGAGAAUCAAUUCAUUAGUUGCAUAUUCGAAUAAUUGAUUUAUUCAAUUCAGUGUUCUUGUUAUUUUUGCUAUUCUUCCGGAUAUUGUUUGUGGUUCUAUUUGAAAUGGCUGAUGCAAAAUAUGAUUUGAAAAGAAAGUGCAUGGAAACUGAAGAUAGUCAACCCAAGAAAAGACGAACAGAUGAGACCACUGGUUUAAAUAAUGGAACAAAAAUCACUGAUGUCAAUCAAUUUUGUUUGGAACAAAUCUUCAUUCAUUUGUCUUUGGAAGACCUGCUUAAUGUUGCCGACUCUAAUGCAUACCUCAAAUUGGGUACUGGUAUGCCAUUCGUUUGGAAUUAUGCUGGAAAAUCAGUCUUAAUUGAUCAGACAGGACUAAUCUACUAUACAAAAACGAAAAUAAUUACGAAAACAAAUGGAAGUGCGCCAAAUCCUCUAUUUUGCGAUAAAGAUAUAACGAUCGUCGAUUUGAAAACAAUCUUUCAAAUGAUACGAUGCUUUGGUGGAAUGAUAACUGAGCUGGAAUUUCGUUACUAUAAACGUUCGAAAAAUAAUCAAUUCACAAAUUAUCACCGUAUUAUGAGCUACAUAUACGAGUUUUGCACUGAAUCUUUGAAAAAGGCUUCGUUUGACGAAGCGUUAGGAUUUGAGGGCUUCAAGAUACCAUUUAAAAAUAUUGAAGACCUAACGAUCAAACAUUUAUUCGGACUGAAAGAAAAGUGUUUGAGUAGAGUUUUCCCAAAUGUGAAUCGCUUGAAUUUAGGAUUUUGUAUUGAUGAUACUUUUUCAUUUCUGUCGGAGUAUUUUACAAAUUUACAACAUUUGGAAUUCAAUUGGAAUGUCCCACUUUCUGAUAGUGUUACUGAUAUUUUGCGAUUAAAUUCAAAUUUACGCAGUUUUAAGAUUGGCAUGGACGAUUUUGAUGUGUUCAAAAGAAUUAGUGAACGCUAUCUACAAUCCAUUGAAAGUCUUGAUGUUGAAUGGAUAGGGGUACAAAAAGCAUCUGACAGUUCGAUAUAUUUGCCAAAUGUUAAAAAAUUCAAAUAUUGUUAUUAUGAAAGGGAUGUACCCGCAUCAAAAAUUCCCUUUUCAUUCAAUCAUUUGGAAGAGUUCGAAAUCAAGUAUGUUUCAACUGUUGAAAUCUUUCUAACCUUUAUCAAUGAAAAUCGAACGAUUGAAAAAUUAACGUUCGAUAGGUAUGCUGUAUUGUCCAUGAUAGGAACGGGUCAAUUGCAGAAUAUGUUACCAUAUUUAAAAGACAUUAUCUACUUUAGAUCGAUUAGUGACAAUAUAGACGAAUUACCGCUCCUAUUGUCGCAUAUGGAAUUUUUGAGAAGUUUUGCUUUUUUUGCUGGCCGUACUCUUGAUGAACAAAUUAGAGCAGCUUGCGAUGGCAAAUGGCGAAUGAAUCGCAACAAUAAUAUCGUCACAUUGGAACGCACUGAAGCGAUGGUUUGAAUUCUCCAUUUCUUACAUUCGUUCCAUUUUUAUCCCGACACCAACCUGAAACAUAUUCGCACACACAUUUACAGUUUAAUAUACCUACAUCCAAACCACAAAAUCCUGUCAGCGGUCUUCUGCUGUUUUUCGCGUAUUUCACGUAACUGAUAAAAUAUAUGAGAUUUUCGACUUCAGCAAAAUUGUAGGGCAGAUCAAGUAUUACAACUUUGCUCAACACAUCAAUUCGUUACCUCUUAUCAGUUGCGCAAAAAACCGCGAAAAACGCGAAUUUUCUCUUCUGAUAAGAGAUAAGGAGAUGAAGAGGAAAAAAUUGUAGUAUUUGACCUGCUCUACAACUUUGCCGAAGACAGAUAUCACUUAUCUUUUAUCAGUCUCGUGAAAAAUGAGAUGGCAUGAAUACCUUAUUCCCAUACAAAUAUAAAGGGGAUCUUCCGUUCGAAGGUGUAACUUUCUAAUACUUAUUUUUCAUCCUUUUCAAGGACCUUUUCGUAAUUAUCCUGUGGCUAGAUCAAUAGAAAAUAAAAUUUUAGGAAGCACAAGUCGCUAGCUCAAGUAGAAAUAUGUUAAAUUAAUGAUCAAAAACGAAAAAGGUCUGGCCAGACCCAGGUAUCCGACGAAGGGUUAAAAAAAUCAGAAAGCAUAGAAGCAAGCUAACAGUGAAGAUAUACAAAUAUGAAUAAAAUAAAUCGAUUUGUCAUUGGAUACAUAUGUUAUAUAUUAUGUGACAGUUGCUUAGAUCACAUGUUUUUCAAAUGAACCAUACUUUCAAAAAUUUGUAGAUAAAAUGUAGAAUUCGAAUCAAUUGUCUGUUUUCAAAUGCUCACAAAUCUAUGGGUGAGAUUGAGAGUGGAGUAUGUUUUUUCUUCGAUUUAUAUUUUUGAAAAGGCGAGUAUGUUUUCUGAUGAUUCUGUUGGCGUUAAAGUAGAGUAUGUUGUAGUACCGUCUAGCCUCCACAGUCUUCAUGGUUUUCGCGCAACUGAUAAAAGAUAACAACAUUGUGUCUUCGGUAAAGUUGUAGUACUCGAGGUCUUCUAUAACUAAACUGAAGACAGUUACCUCUUAUCUCUUAUCAGUUGCGCGCAAAUCGCGCACGUAAAAAAGCAAAUUUUAUAUAGAACUUUUUUUUUCUUAUCAUUUUUCGCGAUUUUCGCGGAACUGAUAAGAGAUAAUAGAUAACUAACUUCAGCGAUGUUAUAAAAGACCUCGUGUGCUACAACUUUGCCGAAGACACCAAGUUGUUAUCUCUUAUCAGUUCCGCGGAAACCGUGAAAAACCGCGAGGACCCGCUAAAAACGAACAUACUCGCUUUUAACCAUUUUUAAGUCGACAGAAACUUGCUCUUCUCUUUCGUAACAAAGUCAAUGAAACAUACAUUACUCUCAAUCUCACCCAUAGAAAUAUGUGACAUGUUUACAAAUAUGUAUUUGUAUGAAUAUUUGAGAAUGGCAUGUAUUUACGACAGAGGGCGCCAGUAGUUGGAAACAGAGUCGCAAAUAUGACGAUAUUUUGUGAAUAUUCAUGGUUGAUACAAAAAUAUGUAAUUAUUGUUUGAAUAAAAUUUGCAAAUAUACAUAUUUGUAUAGAUCUAUAAAAAGCUUUACUUUGUUUUCGGAAGCAAAAAUGUUGUCAAAUGCAGUAUGCACUUGUUUGAAGGAAAAUCUUCAAUGUAUGAUGAAAUUUAUAGGUAUUCUUGCGAGCUGAUUCAUCUGGAGUACAAUUCAAUCAAACGUUAAGUUUCAUCCUUUAUUCAUACAAUCCAAUUGUCUAUGAGUUUUUGUUUGAAAAAAAAAAAAACGGCGGGAAAUAUUUUGAAUUUUUUUUUCGUCUAUGGAGAAAUUAGUGACAUUUAACGCACAACAAUCUACGCACCCCAUACACGUGCACAUGCACACAAAAUUAAAGUACACACUUCAAUUCGCAUUGCAGGAUAAACGAAGGGAAAGGAUAUUUGUGUAUUGGGAUAUGUUCUUUGUUUUGGAUUUGAGUUGCAUACACAUGUCAAUAAACAAAAACACAUAAAAGCGGCUGUCGUUUACAUUUUCAGGGCGCACAGCUGCAUCAGCAUCAUUUCGUACAACAGCUGCAUUUAUAGUUUGACCAUUGUCAAGAGCAACGUGUGUAAUUAGUCGAAAUGUGUUCAGCACGCAGUUUUGUGUAUAUGCUGCUAUCGACUUGCUCAAUUGAUUAUGCACUCGGUUGUUAUCGUAUCACACAAAAUAAUCCGGAACUCCUUCGUUACGUUGAAUUUGAUCGAGUAGCUACGAAUGUCAACAUCACAAGCGGUUCCAACAUAAUCGAUUGCCUUGGAUUGGAAAAUCAACUCCAGAAAAUACACAUAUCAUGGACGCCAUCCGAAAAAUUACCCGAACAUUUCAAUGUUACCGUUCAAUCGGAUGACAAAGACUUUUUUGCCAAAAAAACGAUACCCGGCAAUCAAACCGAAGCGAGUUUUGGAGUUUUGAUCACACCCACAAGAAAGUAUAACAUUUCAAUCGAAGCCGAUGCCCGUUUGACAACCACCGCCACUUUUAUAAUUGAAAAAGAGCGUCCUUGCCUUCAAAUCAAUCCAUACGUGUGGAUUGGAAUAUGUACGUUUGCCAUAGUGUUGUCGUUUAUUUUGACGUACAAAUGCCAGACUGACUAUGAUGAGAGUCAGGAUGAGGAUAAUAAAAAAUCACAAUAUGCGAAGAAUUUAACCGAAGGUAAUAAAUUGUCACUCAAUACCGCAACCAAGAAAGACAAUGCUAACAAUAAGCAAACUGAAUCUGCCGAUGAUAAAUUAAAUUUGAUUGCCUAAACCGUAUGCAGUUGGAAUAUUAUUUCUUUUUUUUUGCUGGCAGCCGGGGCCAUUUGUAUUACUUAUAUACAUUUCCGUAAGAAAGAAGUUUUGCCGUGGAAACUCCAAAAUUAUGAAACAACUUUACAAAGACCUAAUUCAUUUUCAGCGACAGAUUUAAUAGCUCUUCUAUUUUUUAAACUUCAUUCUCAUACCGAAUGAUACAAGUUUUGUACAAAGCUGGUGAUUUCGUGUGUAUUUUUUGUGUGUUCGUUCUCCCCUUUUUUAUACCAAAAAUGUUUAAUGAAUAAAAAAAAAAUGAAUAAAAACUACCUCAGGAAACUC